GGGUAUAUUUAAUUAUUGUGAUAUUUAUUUAUUGUACAUAAAGCUUCAAAAUAUGGAUAUAUCUUUAAAAGAAAAUAGUUCUGGAAUUACAAAAAUUAAAAUGGAAAACAACAAAGAUGAGGCGGUAGCUAAACCAACAGCAACUGAAUUUUCUUUGUUUGAUAUUCUAAUUAGGCUUAUUGUUUCUAUUUUAGUUGGCCGGCCAGUUCAAAAGAAAAACCCCCCGGAUGCCGGCUUCCUCACCUUUUUAAACAUUUAUUUUUUCCCUUCAGGUAUUGUUGGCUAUCACUUGAGACGAUUUUUUCCAAUAACUCUUCGUGGAUUCUUUUGCCAGGAUUUUUCUAUUCGAUUUCCUUAUCGCGAUUCAACUGUUGAGACCAAUACUAUUUUUUAUGUUUCUAUUGCAAUUCUGGCUGUUUUGGUAUUUGUUGGCGAGUUCUUUAUUAAUAAGCCGAGGGAUCCGACCAAUCCUGAAUUCUGGCAAUUGGACGUUUUAUUGUGGAAAUUGUUACAAUUUGGAGGAUUUACAACUGUUUGGAUGUUAGGUGCCGGAAUCAAUUUUCUGUUAUUUAAUGUUAUCAAAAUUUCUGUUGGCCGUCUCCGUCCAAAUUUUAUUGCAAUGUGUCAGCCAUAUACCAACGUGACCAAUGCUAAGGAUUGCUUAAUUAAUAAUUCAAAUUAUUUUUUUCCUGGCGAUUUAUUUAAAUGUAACAAAACAAAUGAUAUGAAUAAUCCAAGAAUUGUGGAUGGGAGAUGUAGUUUUUAUUCUGGACAUUCUGCUCUUUCUAUUUAUUUUGCUGUGUUUAUUAUCUUAUAUACACACAUUCGAGUUUUCUCAAAAAGUUUUGGUUCUUUUGCUGCUCCAAUUCUUCCUCUUUUAAUUGUUUUAUAUUCAAUAAUUAUUUCUCUUGGAAGUUUUGUUGCUGUUUCGCGAGUUUUUGAUCAUAAACAUCAUCCAUCCGACGUUGCUGUUGGUUUUUGUGUUGGUGCAGUUAUCGCCAUUUUAUCUGUAUUUUUUCAUAGAAAUUUCUUUUUUUCUGCUAGAGAAAUGAAGAAGAAGGAUGUUGGUAAGAAGAGUAGUAAUAGUGUUGUGGAAGUUAAUAUUAUUUCUGAAAAUACUCGGGUUUAG